AUGACAACGGUAAUUCAUCAAUCGCCCUCUACUCCUUACGACGCCCGAGAUUCACUGAGUAACUACUCUGGCGAUGAUUACCACCUUCACAAUCAGGUUAAUUAUCUAUGCUCCAAAAAAGGGGAGGGAACUGUAAUUUCUGGGGACCCGACAGAGGCUGAAGUUUCGCGUCCCGUUAAGAAGGAUGGGGAUGAUGGAUACCCCCACAGAGAAAAGGGAACCACAGCUCUUUCUUUUGUUUGCGGGGGAGGUCUCAUGGUAGCUACUGACCAUAUGGAUGCAUCAAAAGCGUUUGUGGAGAACGUUGUUGAUCUUAGUUCCCAUGUGCUUGUCACUGUUUCUGGUAAUAUUCCCAAUGCUGGAUCUUUUCUGAGGAAUCUCCAAAUGCAGUACCGCGAUUAUGAAGCUGCCCAGGGAAAAAAAUCCGUUGAUGAGGCAUCACAGUGGGUUGCCAAUCAAAUGUCUUCUCGUUGUGAGGAAGAUUUGUCAGUACAACUACUAAUUGCAGGGUGGGACGUAAAAAAUUACCGCGAUUAUGAAGCUGCCCAGGGAAAAAAAUCCGUUGAUGAGGCAUCACAGUGGGUUGCCAAUCAAAUGUCUUCUCGUUGUGAGGAAGAUUUGUCAGUACAACUACUAAUUGCAGGGUGGGACGUAAAAAAUGGUCCUAUCUUGUAUUGUGUGGAUGGUGAGGGUAACCGUAAGCAAGGAGUAAUUGGGGCCACUGGAUCUGGUUCAGAUAUGGUUUAUUGUUACAGUGAAGAUGGUCUCUUCUACGAUAUGUGCCGAUUCUACGUCGGAGCUACUGGGUGGGAGAAGGCCUUUCAUAAUGUUCCUGUAGAAAUUCUUCCUCAAGAUAUUUUGGAAGAGGUUGUCUUCUAG